UCAUUGUCGUGCACGUUAGCUCAAUUAUAUGCGAUCUAAUCAUUAAUUGUUCCGUUGAUUCGUGGUCUUCGCAUUGAGCACAGACUAACAGUCGAGGUCGAUUUGUGUCUGGAAGAUGCUAGUUCCACCUAGUUGCUGUAAUCUCGGUGGCAUGUCUGGAUUUAUUUCCAUUGUCGUGACGGUACAACCACGGUCAUAUAAAAGGGAAGAAUCAUGCGAUGAAAGAACAAAACAUGUCAUCAGCCGCUCUCUUUUCUCGUAGCUCUUCCUCCGUCGUCAGACCCUCGACCUCGAGGCUCAUUGCUAAGCCACAUAAUACAGCUAGAUUACUUAACAACUUUGGUCACUCAAGUCAUAUUCCUCCCCAUACUGAAGUCACGCAUCUGCCCUUCGACUACUUGAACAAGCGGGCAUUCACUUACAAGUUUGUUUCAUUUCUGGGCCUUGGAUUCGCUUUACCAUGGGUUGCCAUUGGAUGGAUUUUCGUCCAGGUACCGUCCAGGUGGCUUGAAGAACCCUUAUUGAAGGCCUUAUUCCACGCUACUGGAAUUGAGCAAAUUGCCCCAAUCUACAUACUAAUCACGGUGGCAUCUGUCAUCUCGAUUCUCGACACUACUCCAAAUCUAUCAUGUACGAUACUAAUCAAAAAUCUGUAUACUAUUCCUGGGAACGAGUCCAACUUAAGUUCCGAGUAUUGACGUUCGCUUGAGUGGUGAACGGUGGACAUUAUCAUAGGAAUGGAACUGGAUCAUGAAACCCUUGAUGAAACCACAGCGCAAGGUUAGGCAAGUGUUAGCGGGCCGAAUUCGGUACCGAAUGUCGAUGCAGGCGCCCGAUGAUGGGAUUAGGAAUCUUGCGAGCUCUCGCUCAC